UUCAUGGGAAAUUGUCGAGCGAGAUGGCAUCAUGGAUACGAGUAUCAAAAGCGCUACAGGAGUGCGUUCAGAAGAUAAAUGAAUUGCAGGAUGAUACAUUCCAAGAAAUUUUGACUUUUGUUUAUGAUUUCAAAGUUAUCCAAAGUCCGGAAGUUUCUGUGGAAGAAGCCCUUCAAGACUUACAAGUAUCUACAGGGCUGGAAGAUAAUAUUCUUCUCAUGGCCAUCAAGACACUCUCCCAUGUUUUUAAACGAGCUCUGAAGUUCAUCAUGAAGCCCACACGGUGUCAAGCGGAUUUAACAAAAGUCCUGGGAUUUGAGGAAAAAAAGGCAGAAGCUUUUAUUAAACACUGGAUUCGAGUACAGAAACCUAUCCUGGAUAAUCUCGAGACCGAGUCUGGACAGACAAAUGAGUUGCAAGACAUCACGUGGAAUCUGGAAGUAGAUCUUUCUUCAGAGGCCAGAGAAAAGGAGAAAACACCAGUGGGAGUUAUCCAGAUGAAGACUUUGGCUGGUGAUUUGGUCCUACUAAAAAACGAUCACAGUCAAUUGUCCAAAUUCUUUGAACAACUAGAAGAAGUCACCCAGGAACUGGACAAUCUCAAAAAAUCUUAAUUUUAUCUACCAUUUUGUAAUAUUUUAAUUUCUAAAUUCUAAUAAUUAAUAUCAUAGUCCGUCA